UAAUCUGUAUGCAUUAUUACGUAAGCAAACACACAGAAAUGUGAUAAUAAAUUAAAAUAUACUUGAUUCUACAGAAUUGAAUGCUCCCCUAACCAAUGUUUAAUGUGGAUGGAGUAAAGCAUGCUACAGACUAGUUUUGGCUGGGUAGAUAGUAUUGUGUGUCAUACAGUUUGUAGAUUUAAUAUUCUGGUAUUUUCCUUGUAUUUGUAGCAUUUCUGCUUUACUCAUAUAAAGGUUUAUAAUUUAGGAUUUUAAGCCCAUCUGGGUUUCUGAAGAGCUGUGUAGUUUAGCAGCGACAAAGAGGAGCUGAGGUCAUGCCUUCUGAAUUUUAUUGUGACUACUAUAAGGGAAUUGUGUGAACCAACUCUGUUCCAGAGGGGAAAAUACCACAGUCCUUUCUUUCAAGGGGACACCUAUGGAUUUGUACCUAAGACCAGCAGAAUCUGAACAUAUUUUGCAGGAGCCUGUGAGAUCCCACUUACAGCUGCCAGAUUGGGAAGAUGAGAGCAACUGAUGGAUUUGCAGGUAGAGGGGCAGGCACAAUCAUGGCUACAUGAAAUCCAGAGAAGACAGCACAAAGUUGGUAACAUGACUUUGGUUCUCUUCCUUGCGGUGUAGGAAAUUGGGAUUCUUGACAGAGCAGGUUGAUUCUGCUGUAGAAUAAUGGCAGGAAAGGUAAAGUGGGUAACUGACAUAGAAAAAUCUGUUCUAAUAAACAACUUUGAAAAAAGAGGCUGGAUUCAGGUGGCAGAAAAUGAAGACUGGAAUUUUUAUUGGAUGAGUGUACAAACAAUCAGAAAUGUUUUCAGUGUGGAAACUGGUUACCGCCUCUCUGAUGACCAAAUUGUCAAUCAUUUCCCAAACCACUAUGAACUGACCAGAAAGGAUUUGAUGGUAAAGAAUAUCAAGCGAUACAGGAAAGAACUUGAGAAAGAAGGAAGUCCUCUUGCAGAAAAGGAUGAAAAUGGGAAAUAUAUUUAUUUGGAUUUUGUUCCUGUUACUUUCAUGCUUCCUGCUGAUUAUAACCUCUUUGUUGAAGAAUUCAGAAAAAAUCCCUCCAGCACUUGGAUUAUGAAACCUUGUGGCAAAGCUCAAGGAAAAGGAAUAUUUCUAAUCAAUAAACUCUCCCAAAUAAAAAAAUGGUCUCGAGACAGCAAAACAUCUUCGUUUGUAGCUCAGUCUUCCAAAGAAGCCUAUGUGAUUUCUCUCUAUAUCAACAAUCCAUUACUUAUUGGUGGAAAGAAGUUUGAUCUUCGUCUGUAUGUUUUAGUAUCUACUUACCGUCCACUGAGAUGUUACAUGUAUAAACUUGGAUUUUGCCGGUUUUGCACAGUAAAAUAUACACCAAGUACAAGUGAAUUGGAUAACAUGUUUGUACAUCUUACAAAUGUUGCCAUUCAGAAACAUGGGGAUGAUUACAAUCAUAUCCAUGGAGGCAAGUGGACAGUGAGUAACUUACGCCUGUAUCUGGAGAGCACCCGUGGAAAAGAAGUCACAAACAAAUUAUUUGAUGAGAUUCACUGGAUCAUUGUGCAGUCACUGAAGGCUGUUGCGCCUGUAAUGAAUAAUGAUAAACACUGCUUUGAGUGUUAUGGAUAUGACAUUAUCAUUGAUGACAAGCUUAAACCGUGGCUAAUUGAGGUUAAUGCUUCCCCUUCUCUUACUUCUAGUACUGCAAAUGAUCGCAUCUUGAAGUAUAAUCUUAUUAAUGACACCCUUAACAUUGCUGUGCCCAAUGGGGAAAUUCCGGACUGUAAAUGGAAUAAGUCUCCACCAAAAGAGGUUCUUGGCAAUUAUGAAGUCUUAUAUGAUGAAGAGAUGGCACAAAGUGAUGGGCCUGAUCGCGACUUGCGAAGUCGUUCUGGGCAAUCCACUGGAGUAAAAGGAAAUCGUGCAAGAGAUUCAGGGAAGCCUGUACUAACCACCUGGAAGUGAGAAGAGGUAAAACAGCUGCACUCUUGGUAGGCAGACGUCAUGAAGAAAAAUUAAGUUUUGUAACAGGUUCCCCUAUUUUGCUGCGUUGCUUGUGGGGAAUACUAAAAGAGGACAAUACAGCCUCUGAAAGAUGUGAAACGCUCUAAAACCAGGAGCUGUACUAGAUAUGCACUGACUUAAUGAUGAUUACAAUAAUUUAUGUAGUAUGUAUAUAUAAGUUUUAUACAUACUUUGUAUAAACUAAUAUUCUGUCAGUAAUGAUUAAGAACUUUCUUUAUAAAGAUGACAACUCAAUAUCUGCAUUCUCAAAGAAACCCCUUGCUGUUCUGGAUAUAAUUUAUUUCCUAUAGUAACCUGCCCCAUACUCCCUGUAACAAAUGAGUUGUGGAUUGUGUAAAAGGGUGUUAAUAUUGUCACAAUGAUGGUUCAGGUUCUUGUGGUAAAAGAAGAGUAGCUAGAAAAAGUAGCAGUACAUGGAGUUGGGGCUGUUGUCAGUUAACACAGCUGAUGAUUUAUAAACAGUAUUAAGAAAUUGAAAAGCAACUUUAUAUGCUGAAGGUCGAGUUUUUAAAUUUCUUUUAAAUGUUUUCAGCUGCUAAUUCUUUAAAGGUAGAAAGUUUCAUGGACUGUUUCAGAUGGUAUAUUGAUGCUUUAUUUCAGUAGCCAUUAAUUUUUAUUUCAAGAUAAUGCAUGUCUGGAAAAACAGACAGAACAACUACAGACUGUAAUAAAUCUCAUGGCCUGAAGCUGAUGAUAAAUCCCUAUUUGCACCAGAAUCUCUUUGUGUAUUUAUGCAUGUAUAUAAGUACAACAUCUGUAUAUUUUUGUAUAUUUGGUGUACACUAUAACAAAAAUGUUGUUGGACAUGGUAAGCUAUUUCUGGUAGCUCUGAUAACAAAAGUUGUGAUGAUUAGCUUACCAAAAUUUGUAGAGCAAAAGUUAAAAAUAAGUAUUUCAGUCUUCUAACAUCAUAGCAUAUAAAUAAACUAGUUGAGUUUGU